GAAAGCAGAGGGCAGGGAGAUGGUGUGAGACAGGAGCCCAGGGGAGAAACACAGAAACUGAGAGACUCAAGGAGAGAAAUAAAGAAAAGCCAAAGAGACAAGAUCAAAGUAGCCUAAAGAGAAGCCAACAAGGGUCCACGAGGGCUGUGCUGCAGGGAUGGCCCUAGGAAUGCCCUGGGCUGGACAGGUUAAGGGGACCCUGGGAGGCUGGGGGAUGGUCUGCUUGGUGAUAUCUCUGUUCCUCCAGUACCCAGGAGUUCACAGCAAGUGCUACUUCCAAGCUCAAGCCCCCUGCCACCAUGAUGGGAAGUAUUACACCCUGGGUGAGUCUUGGCUCCGCAAGGACUGUUUCCACUGCACCUGUCUGCAUCCUGUCGGUGUGGGCUGCUGUGACACAUCCCAACAUCCCAUCGACUUUCCAGCUGAGUGUGAGGUUCGGCAGGAGGCAGGAACCUGCCAGUUCUCCCUGGUGCAAAAAUCCGACCCUCGGCUUCCCUGCAAAGGAGGUGGACCUGACCCAGAGUGGGGUUCAGCAAAUACCCCUGUUCCUGGGGCUCCUGUUCCCCACUCCAGCUAAACCUUUCUGCUGACUGCCCACUGCUGCUGCCACUUCCAGGGAAACCACUAAGCAGCUGCCAAUUUAUUCAGAAUAAAUAAAUUAA